AAUGGAUAAGGCACUGGCCUCCUAAGCCAGGGAUUGUGGGUUCGAGUCCCAUCUGGGGUGAAGCUCGCUUUUCUUUCUUCGAUGUGUGUCGGUGUUUAAUGUCUCAUUCAGUGUGUGUCAGUCGCGUCUUAUAAGCGUAGAUUCACGUUAUCUCGUGUGUAUCCCUGAGGAUCUCUCCGGGAUUUAUGUGUGUUGUUUUGUCACAAGGAAGCUCUUUGCCAGCGGACUUCCCACUUUAUUUUCAGUUUCUGCGCUGCAUGUGACUGAACAUCGACAAAACAUGAAGAACGGCAGCAUUUGUGCGUUAUUUCUCGCGUGUUUUGCUGCAGCAGCGAGAAGCGACAAGCUGCUGAAGGCCACGGCGUACUGGGACUCGACCCAAAAGGCCGUUCUGCUGAAGCAGGGUGUCCUGGACCUGCAGGGCGAUGCGUACGGUUAUUAUAACGACACGCUGUCGUCGACGGGUUGGGGCGUGCUGGAGAUUCGAUCCGGAUACGGACAGACGGCGGAGCCGGACGACGUCACCAUGUUCCUGGCGGGAUAUCUGGAGGGUUUCCUUACUGCACCGCAGAUUUUUGAUCAUUACACCAACAUGUACCCGCAGCUGAUCAAGAAUCCCAAAACGCUGGUGGCCGUGAAGCGCUUCAUGGCUAAGCAGGACGACUGGUCUCGGAGUCAGGUGAAGCGUAACACCACUGAUCCUCUGUGGAUUCACACGGGUCUGAUUCUGGCGCAGCUGGACGGACUGCAGGCCGGAGUCACCGACUGGGCCAAACAACACGGGAGGACGCCUUUGUCCCAGUUUGCCAUUCAGUUCCUGAAUGCGGUCGGUGAUCUGCUGGAUCUGAUCCCCGCGCUGGUUCCCGGCAUGACUUCCAGCUUGAAGCAGUAUAAAGCUCCUCCGAUGGGCCACUGCUCUGCGCUCAUAAAGAUGUUGCCUGGCUUUGAGAACCUGUUGUUCGCUCACUCCAGCUGGUACACAUACGCUGCCACCAUGCGCAUCUACAAACACUGGGACUUCAGACUGAAUGAGCCGCAUACGGCCACCGGAAAACUCUCCUUCAGCAGCUACCCUGGGUUCCUGGUGUCUCUGGAUGAUUUCUAUCUGCUGGGCAGUGAUCUAAUGAUGACUCAGACCACCAAUAACGUCUUCAACACCUCGCUGUUCUCCUACAUCACUCCUGCCAGCCUGUUCUCCUGGCAGAGGGUUCGACUGGCACACGCACUGGCAAAAACUGGAGAGCAGUGGGCCAAAACCUUCUCCAGAUACAACUCUGGGACGUAUAAUAACCAGUACAUGGUUGUGGACCGGAGUAAAGUGCAUCUGGGUAGCAGUCUAGAGGAUGGAGCGCUGACUGUAGUCGAGCAGAUCCCGGGACUGGUGGAGUAUUCAGACCAGACGCAGACGCUGCGCAGAGGUUACUGGCCUUCCUACAAUGUGCCGUUCCACCGCAAGAUCUACGAUCUGAGCGGAUACGAGGAGAUGUGGAAGAAGUAUGGUGAGGACUUCUCAUACGACCUUUGCCCUCGCGCCAAGAUCUUCCGCCGUGACCAGUCGUCCGUCAGCGACCUGAACUCCCUCAAACACAUCAUGAGAUACAACGAUUAUAAGAGUGACCCGUACUCGCAGGGCGACCCGUGUAAGUCCAUCUGCUGUCGUAACGACCUGCAGGAGAAACAAGCCAGUCCCGGAGGAUGUUACGACACCAAGGUGACAGAUCUGCACUUGGCUCAGGAGUUCGUAGCGGAGGCGGUGAACGGCCCGACCACAGAUGGAGGGCUUCCCGUCUUCUCCUGGGGGGCGUUCAACAGCACGUCCCAUCAGGGUCUUCCUGCGAAAUACAACUUCAGCUUCGUCCUGAUGCAGCCGCAGCUCUUCCGCCCCUGAGGAUCAUGGGAUUUCACAUCUGAUUCUCUGUUAGAUAUCUGCACUAAAACCAAUCUGAACCCUUGAAUCUGUUGAAUCGCUGUGUUUUUUUGUUUUUUGAGCCAUAAAAUCAGCGUUAAACUCUACAGCUGCCAUUUGACAAUCAGUCCAGGACAGUUUACAUCUCUUUUGAUUGACUGAUAGAUUGAGUAAAUCGUAAUGCUUUAGUACUCGUUUCAACCACAAAAGGUAAAAAAAACAUUAGUUGGUAAAUUAUUGGCAUAAAUAAAAAAAAUAAAAAAUAACAAAAACUUGAAAUUGAUAUACUCAAGUCAAAAUGAUGUACUAAGUCAAAAAUGACAUACUAAGGUGUAAUUAUGUGGUAAAACGUCGAAAUUUUAAAACAAUAAUUUGAAAUUGAGAUAACAGGUCAAAAUGUACACAAUAAGUCAUACUUUUGAGGUAGAAAUUAUGACAUACUGAGCUGAAAUUGAGAUACUAUUCAGUAUUCAUCUCAUAAUUAUGAUGUUUUAAUUCUGACUUUUUAACUUCAUAAAUAUGACUUGUCAUUUUUUUCCUGACACUUCACCUCAGGAAUGUUACUAUGGGUUUCCAUAAAUUACUGCAACACAGAGCAUGUUAAAGUGCCCCUAUUAUGGAUUUUUGAAAAUUACUUUUCAUGCAGUGUGUAAUACGGCUCUAAGUGAACGAAAACAUCCUGAAAGUGCACCGUGUAUAAAGUUAUUGCCUUUCACAAGAAAGAGUCGACUCUGAAUCAUUGAAACGAGUCGUUUUAAAACGAAUCCCAAGCCGUUUCAUGUCUGCCCACUUGUUGGUCUGAAUGAAAAAACUAAUUAAUUCUUUGCCACUAGGUGCCGCUUUUGGAGCGGUAAAAACAGCUGUUUCCCCGGUAACACUGUACACUUCCUGUUUGUAUACAGUGUAUGUACACUACACAAACAGCACUGCACUCACAAACGCUGCUUUAUCAGGCAUUACAUGCAUGAUGUAAUGAAAAUGAGACCAAUCGGUUGGGAGUCGUUGAGCAAGUGAGGUAAAAAUAAAUGCAUAUUAUAAGAAAAUGAAAGUAUUUUUUGACCAUGCAUGCAUUUCAACCUGUACGGGACUCCCAAAACCAAAAUAUGAACCUUUCAGUACCCAUAAUAGGGGCACUUUAAAACGAGGACGUCAGUAUCGUCGUAAUUUUGAUGGUAAUGAACAACACAAACAGAAAAACAAAGUUUCUGAUGUAAAUGUCAGCGACAGGAAUGUCUUGUUUGACGAGUCCGUCGCUGUGAUAUUUCUUUGCUGUAUUUUCAGAUUUCUUCUCUCAGGGAAGGUGACUCAGAAGUGCCUUUGUUUGUAUUCGAGUGUCUUUUACCUUCAGCUUUGAAUGUCUGUGAGCAUUGCUGUCAAUCAGGAUGUUUGUAAUCUGUGCCGUGUGAUUUUUU